AUGGGCGCUCGCGCUUGGCUCGGCCAUGGCCGGGACCUCGCGAUCGCCAGAGCUGCCGGCAGUGGCGAGAACGGCGGCGGAGCUGGCUCCUCCCGCGUGGCAUCGGCUGGACUCCUGCGCGAGACCGGGGCCGGAGGACAGGCACGGCGGGCGCGGGCGGCCCUGCUGCCUCGCCGGAGCCGGGUGGGCGCGGCCUCUCCGGAGCUGGGUGGCGAGCUGGCUGGGCGUCGGAGCCUGCAGGUAGCCGCAGAGUCCAAGGCCACACCCCCGACGGAGGCCAAUGGGAGCACGCAGCAGUACUCCAUGUUCUUCUUCCUCCCGGACACGCGUGACGGCCUCUCGACCAUGGUGGACAUGGUCACCUCGUUGCUAGCGUACCUGUACGGCAUAUUGGCCGAGAUGAAGGAGAGGCCUGUCAGCAUCAAGCUGCCCAAGUUCGCAAUCACCUUCAGCUGGGGUGACCUCAAGGGCGACCUCAGUCAGCUGGGCCUCUCGCUGCCGUUAUCGCCGGAGGCUGCCGACCUGAGUGGCAUGUGCAAGGGGGACGAUGGAGACCAAGUAGUCACCGGCGCUGCACGGGGGCCGACGUUCCUGUCCAAGGUUGCGCACACGGCGGUGGUCAAGAUGGACGAGGUGGGAACCGAAGUUGCCUGCGUUUGA